AUGUGGGCGUACAUCACAUUGAUCAUGAUAAUCUUAUCCUACAUAUUAUGGAAAGUGCUGUUUGAAGUCAAAGAGUCCAUAUAUGACCAUAAGCCGAUUGGAGACGUGACGUACAGCCGAGAGAUGGGUUACCCCAACACGUGGUUUAUUGUAAUGGAUUCGCGAGAAUUGCCCGUAAAUCAGGUGAAGGCCUUUGAGUUAUGCGGACAACAAUUGGUGGGGUUUAGGGGUCCGUCGGGUGCUGUCCACGUGUUGUCCGCCUAUUGUCCACAUUUGGGCGCAAAUCUCGGUGUCGGCGGACAUGUGGUGACUGAGUCAGAGUCGGGCGACGACUGUAUUCAGUGUCCAUUCCAUGGCUGGAGGUUUGGCGGAGACGGACAGUGCAAACAAAUACCUAAUCUCGAAAAGAGCGAAUUGAAAGCAUUGAAGGCAAGGGUUAAGCGGUGGCGAGUGAUGGAGCGAAACGACAUGAUAUACGUCUGGCAUCACAGCAGCGAUGCAGAGCCCGACCACUGCCUCCCAGACCUGUCCAAGAAGUACAACAUUCCCAACCUUACAGUACUUUCCAAAUACACCUACAAGAUAUAUACAUCAUCACAGGGCGUGCUGAGCGCCAAAUUCAUUAUAACGGGCGAUGGCACUGAGGACAGCCCGCUUGUGGUGUUGAUCGAGCUAUAUGUAUUUAACCGCAAAACGACCACAAUGCAUCUGGAGCACAGGGUGCGCACACCCGCCUACGACGAGUGCCACAUCAAAUACAUUGGUAUACCAGGGGUUACGCCCGCGUUGUUAAUCGUGUCGGGUAUUAGUUUGGCGCCCGAAAAGGUGCUCUUCACUAUGCGAUUCCUGAGCACUCCUACCCUAUGGAAUCAAAUUGUUUGGAAUGAUGGUUUAAUCUGGGGCAAUCUAAACAGUCCAGUACAGCCCAUAUUUACCAAAAAUGAUACCGUUAUCGCCCGCACCCGACGGAUAUUCACUAAGUUUUACGAUUAAUUAUUAUUUUAUUUAUAUAA